GAACAAAAUGUCGAAAAGGUUAUACAACAUUCAAACACGCUAUUACAAUGCGAGAUUGUUGAAACAACUAUUUAUCACGAUAAAGAAUGCGAUUGGAAAAGAAUCGUAUCGUCGAAUGAACACCCAGAUUUGAUUGAUUUUACGUCGCUUGAAAGACAUAAUCCACCUAAUAAAUUUCCAUUAGAAAUAAACAUUAGCCUAAAAGAUCUUAUCAAAUUCAAAAAAUAA